AUGUUUAUUUGGCAAUUAUUUGUCGUUAUUAAUAUGAUGAAUGAGAUUGAUUCACAAGGAAUCUUUCAUAGUCAGUUCGUUCUCACAAAUUCAAACAAAAAAUACAUUCCUGCCAAUUUCUCAGCUCAAAUUCUUUCGAUAAAUUUAACGAGUACAUCAAAGCUAUGUGCUCUUGCCUGUAAUCAAAAUAUAAUGUGUAGUAUAUUUGACUACGAAGUAUUCAUGUCAAAGGAAUGUCGAUUAUUCGAGGGUGAUAUCGAUACAGUAGGAUCAAUUGAUGUUUCUUCGUCACCUCAAUCCAUUGUUGGCAUUGUUAAAUUGUCAUCUGAACUUUUCGCACAAUAUGGCCAAUCUUGUUCUUCUAAUCAUCAGCCGACUCGUUAUCUUAUAUGUGGCAACGAUUCAACCUAUCAGUGUAUACCACAUAGUUAUUGGAAUGCAUUAAUUUCUAUGUGUAAGCCACAAUUACCUAUCCUCGGUGCAAAAUGUUCACAAAAUACAAGUAUGUGUCGAACUGAUCUUAAUUUGAUUUGUUUACCGUUCAAACAAUGUGGUCCAUAUGAUUUACUAAUUGGUACAACAAUUGCUGGCUAUGAUAAUGCAACAAAUGGCGUUGAUGCUCAAGGACUUGGUCAACCACGAGGCAUCUAUAUUUUGCCAUUAAAUAAUACCCUUUUUGUUGGUGACUCGAACAAUUGUCGCGUACAACGAUUCGACUUUGGUUCUCGUGCAGGUACUACAGUGGCUGGAGGGACUGGUUGUGGUUCAAAUCUCGUUCGAAUGUCUAGAAUUUGGAGUAUUUUUGUUGAUAAUGAUGAAAAUAUUUAUGUUGGUGACUACAAUAAUGAACGUGUAGCACUUUGGUUACGUAAUGCAAGCCAAAGUGUCGUUGUUGCUAAUGAAGGUAAAAUGGAUGGUGUUACUUUGGACCAGUACGGUAAUUUAUAUACAGCAGUUUAUAAUCGUCAUGUUAUCUUACGAAAUAAUAAUACUGUUGCUGCUGGUGUUUAUAAUGUAAAUGGUAAUUCGACGAUACAUUUGGAUGCUCCACGUGGUAUCUUUUUUGAUCAAAAUACUUCAUCAAUAUUUGUCUGUGAUACUCGUAAUCAUCGUAUCCAACAAUUUCAUAUGAAUAGUUCCAUUGGAAUUACAGUGGCAGGAGGAAAUGGAGCUGGUUUAGGUCCACAUCAGUUAGAUAGUCCGAUCGCUGUUUGGGUGUCAUCCAAAACUGGUUAUANAAAUGGUAAUUCGACGAUACAUUUGGAUGCUCCACGUGGUAUCUUUUUUGAUCAAAAUACUUCAUCAAUAUUUGUCUGUGAUACUCGUAAUCAUCGUAUCCAACAAUUUCAUAUGAAUAGUUCCAUUGGAAUUACAGUGGCAGGAGGAAAUGGAGCUGGUUUAGGUCCACAUCAGUUAGAUAGUCCGAUCGCUGUUUGGGUGUCAUCCAAAACUGGUUAUAUUUACAUUGCAGACACAAAUAAUCAUCGUGUUCAACGAUGGAAACUUAAUGAUACAGAAGGAGUCACUAUUGCAGGUACAGGAAUAGCCGGGCAAGAUUCGACAAUGUUCAAUGCAACCACUGGACUCACAUUAAAUUCUGAUGAAACAUAUCUUUAUGUUAGCGAUCAAAAUAAUAAUCGGGUUCAACGUUUUAAACUUCUCGUUUAA